AGCACGACAAACUCAAUACCGCGUGCAGUCAAUUAUUCUUGAUUGAAUGUUUUGUUGCAUAAAUGUAGUUUUGAAUUCUAAUUGGCUUACUUGGUUAGUCAGAAGUAUUCAUACGUGGGCAUUAAUAAGAAAUAUAUCAAAUAUAAAGUAUUGCCAAAUAUGCUGAUUUUGAUUGCGAGGCAUACCGAAUUUACUGGACUGAUUUCAACCGUUCAGAACAAGUCACAUGAUAACGAUGUGAUAAAGUUCAUUGUAUAAAUAGCAUAAGCGUUUUCGAAGAAAUGUUCAAUUCCAGAAAUUCAACAAUAAAACGUGGAGUGUGUUUGUUGAAACGGGGCAUUUAAAGGAUUAUUUCGAUAUUACGUGGAUAAUAAAGUAGACACCGAUAUAUUGAUACAGCAUUGUUGAAAAGAGUUUUUACUUAAAAAAAAUUUCAGGAAAAUCUAUUUUUCUGAAUAUUCUGAAGAAAAAAAUUUUCAACGACCUAUCCCCACUUACAGUUCUGAUUACAAGUUGAGUCAUAAGUAAAAUCUGUGACCCACUUCAUAUAUAAAAUCAAGCGAUAAUUGAACAAGUUGGUCCAGUCGUAAUCUGAUUUCAUACGUGGUUGCACGCACUUAAUCACAAAUCUAGUGCAUGUUUAAAAAAAAAAAAAACCGUAAAACAUUGACGUACAAGUGAGUCAGGCUAAUAAAAAUAGCUGCAUCCAGUUCGGGAUUCGGUGAUAAAAUCUCAAAAAUCGUUUGAAGUGUGACAAAUAAAUCGUUGAAAAUGCUGUGGGAAAAGGAAUCAAAUGGUUCAUAUUCACCAAUCCUUGGAAAGGGAGACAAACAUUUACAUGCAAGCAUGAAGGAUUUGAAUUUUGGUCCAAAUCAAAACAAAAACCAAUCGAGUCGAGUGAAACAAAAAUCAAACGCAAGGGCAAAAAAGUUUCGCUUCGAUGGAAAUGAAAAAGUGAAAACUGAGGAUUGGCAUGAAGCAAUGUAUUUAUACAACAAGUGUUUGUGCAACGCAGAACCAUAUUCCGAGAACAUUAGUUUAGCAUAUGCAAACCGUGCGCUUUGCUUUCUCAAGUUGAAUAUGUACAAAAAGUGUCUGAUCGAUAUCAACUCGGCAAUUCAAGCCAAUUAUCCGGAUCGGCUAAUGUCCAAGUUGAUGACACGUCGUGCAUUCUGUUUGAAUAAAAUAAAGGAAGAAGAACAAAUUGAAAGCAAAGAAGUAAAAUUGGAUUUCCCGGAGGAUAAAUUGUUCCCGGGAAUGGCGAAUGUGCUGAAAAUUGAAUGCAAUCCAGAGUUCGGACGACACGUUGUUGCGACAUGCGACAUCGAUGUGGGAAAAGUGGUUUUAGCUGAAGAAGCAUUUGUGAGUACGGCAGUUAUGUCAGCAGAUAAAAUGCUAUGCAGCAAAUGUUUCAAAGGGGAAAUGAACUUUGUCGCUUGCAAUCAUUGCAACAUCAGCAUGUUUUGUAAUGAAGACUGUUAUCAGAGGGACUAUUUUCAUGAAACGUGCUGUGGCAAGGCUAUUGAUAAAGUUGAUCACUUUACUACGUUCGUGGUGCGAACACUCGUAUUUGCUUUAGACACCUUUAGAACGAUUGACGCUUUGACUAAGUUUGUCGAAAGUGUGAUCAUUGAUGAAGAGAAAGAUGCACCGUCAUUAAUGGCUGACGACGUAUCCAAAUAUCGCGCAUUCUUACAAUGCGGUAUUUGGUUAUCUGAUGAGGAAAAAAAGAAAUUACACGAUACCAGCAAUCAAGUAUACAGUGAACUGAUGUCUAUUGAAGAGAUAAAAGAAAAGGUCCAUUCAAAUGAAGAAGAACGCUUCCUUCAGCAUCUGUUGUUGUAUCAUCUUUACAUUGUGAAAUGCAAUUCAUUCCAGAACAAAAUGACCGGCGGCAUGUUUUUGAUUCAAAAACUUUUCAACCACUCUUGUGCACCCAAUUUGCUACAAUAUUUUGACGCAAAUAAAACGAUUUGCUUUGCAUCGCGUAAAAUCAAAAAGGGAGAACAACUGUUUGUUACCUAUGGUAUGGCAGAUUUUUGGUCACAACCAGCAUAUUUGCGUCAAGACAUAUUGUACAGUGUGUAUGGUUUUCGCUGUAAAUGCAUCAAAUGCUCUUCCCAGUGGCCCAUAUCAUCAGAAUACAUAAAAGCAGAUCCAGAAUACAUCGAUUUGGGUUACGAAAUGAAACACUAUGAGUUUGACGACGCUGAGGUAUGUGACAUUCUGAAGGAAAAAUGUCUCGCAUUAUUACGGAGAUACGAUGAAAUAACCUGGAAUAUUGAACUCGACGAUAUUUGCAACUUUUUCGUAAAACUUCUCAAUCAACCAUAUAAAGAAUCGAGUAAAGAAUCGAGUAAAGAAUCUGGUAAAGAAUCUGGUAAAAAUUAAUCCAAAUCUGUAAUUCAUAUUGAUGCUUUAUUUUCAUAUCAAGUUUCAAAAAUGAUUCCAUCAAAUUUUCGACUAAGUAAUCUUGAUGAAUUGAAAACGAACACAGUUUAAUUGUGAAAAUUACAAUUUUUUCUCUAUUGUUUAUAUGACCAAUUAUGUGCAUCAAUAAAAAAAAAAUCCAUUUUCUCCGCAUAUUUCUAAAUGUGUAAAAACAAAAGAUUGUAAAUUAGGUUUACACUACACAAUAUAUCAAUCAAUAAAGAAAUAUUCGUGAAGAAAAACUUA